ACAAAAGUCAUGCAGUAUUUCACGAUAUCAUUUCUUCUAAUCCUGGCACUAGCCAACGUAUUAAGUGUUUCAUUGAAAGGACGCAUAAUCGGUGGAGAAAUUGAUAGCAAACUAACAUAUCCUGAAUUAGUUUCAGUUCGUUCCAGAGAUCGUCACAUUUGUGGAGGAACUAUAUUAGAUCAAGAUACGAUCUUAACUGCAGCACAUUGUAUUGUCGAUGGUACUGCAUCUGAAUUUAGUAUACGUUCAGGUUCGGAUUCAGCUGAUGAUGGUUUAUUCCAUCGAGUUUACGAAAUUCUACUACAUCCGGAAUACGAUGAAAGAACUUCAUCUCAUGAUGUUGGCAAACUGAAAAUCAACCCACCAAUCAUUUAUUCAGACACAAGUUUACCAAUCAAAUUGGCUACAGAACGUCCAGAUGAUAACACUCCCCUGAUUGUAAGUGGAUGGGGUAGACAAAUAGUGAAUGUUAGUACCACAGUGGUACAAAGAAAACAUUUAAGAGCAGCUUAUGUUAAUGUUUUCAACCAGGACGAAUGUGCUCGGAGAUAUCAAAGACUUAGGGAAGUAAAUAGUGUGAUGAUUUGUGCUGCUGCCAAAGGCAGAGAUAGUUGCCAAGGGGACUCUGGUGGACCGUUGAUAAAUCCUAAAAAUGCAGAACAGGUUGGAAUUAUUUCGUUUGGAGUUGGCUGUGCUAACCCAAAUUAUCCAGGAGUCUAUUCAUCGUUUAUGAGUUUGUAG